AGAGCGCGAGGGGGCGGGUGUCUCUCGCGCUCGCCUUGCGCAGCCUCACACAGACGCUCGUGAAAUCAACACAAGGAAGGUUUGCUUACACAUCUAUCGCUUAUUUUCGGGAUUUUCUGGAUAAACAUCACCGUGAUCGAUGCGAGUCCUUCUAACGGACAUUCGCCGCUGAUAUUACUUCCGCGUUCUUUUUCCUGUUUUUGUCGCUUUUCCCUCUCAGCGGAGCGUUUGUUGGAUUCGUUAUGAAUUCCAGCCCGCUUCCAAACGGCAGGCUCCUACCGGACAGCCAGAGCUGGAACUCCUCCGGUUCCGACGAGGAUCUGGACGUCGAACCGGGACCCGGUCCGCAUGGAGGGGUGGCGGAAUUCGGAGGGGUGCUCAGUAAGUGGACUAACUACAUUCACGGAUGGCAGGACCGCUGGGUCGUGCUGAAGAACAACACCUUGAGUUACUACAAAUCCCAGGACGAGCGCGAGUACGGCUGCCGCGGUUCCCUCUGCCUCAGCAAGGCUGUCAUCACAGUAAGUAUCCCGGGGAAAGAUCCUCCCAGACAGCCGUGGGAAUUUCAGAUCUGAGCCAAAAUUAGAAUGAUGCUGUGCAUUCAAAACGAAAGCUUGAAUUGCUUCAGAUCGGACAUUGUCAUGCUGCGAGCUUCAGAACUGUAGUUGAAUGGAUUUUCAUGGGAUGCAUGAUGUUUUAC